CCAGGACCACCGAGAGAGACCAGCUACAGAAUAGUCUAAAUACCAGGACCACAGAGAGAGACCAGCUACAGAAUAGUCUGAACACUAGAACUAUGGAGCGUGACCAGCUACAGAAGGAGAUAGAAAGGCUGAAUUGGAAGAUCAAAGGGUCCUGUCCUGAAGGAUGGAGAAGGUUUGGCAGCAGCUGUUACUAUCUGUCUACUGAGAGGAAAUACUGGACUGAGAGUAGACAGGACUGUCUGGAGAGAGGAGCAGACCUGGUGAUCAUUAACAGUGAAGAGGAACAGGCAUUCAUCAAUGGGUUUGAAUCAGUCAGUUAUGUCUGGAUUGGUCUGACUCACUCUGUUACUGAGGGGACCUGGAAAUGGGUGGACGGCACCCCACUGACCACCCCAAGCUAUUGGAGGAGUGGAGAGCCUGGUGGUGGUGGAGUGGAGAACUGUGUGGAAAUCUAUUACAUGUCACCAGGCCAAAGCGUAUGGAGGGAUUAUAAGUGUUCAUUUUCACAACAAUGGAUCUGUGAGAAAGAGGCUUCUCAUAGGUAAUUUUUUGGGGGCGGCAGGUAGCUUAGUGGGUAAGAGCGUUGUGCCAGUAACCGAAAGGUCGCUGGUUCUAAUCCCCGAG